AUGGGUAAAACCGAGGUUGCUGAAAGUACCAAUCCAAUCACGCAAUGGUGGAACCUGACGACGGCGGAUCGUCGCCCGAAGUCGGAUCCGUCGCGUCUCGUGACUGUGAACGAUCUUCCCCUUUACGGCGAGGAUGCCCCUGCACGGCCCGUUUAUUUCAUUGAAGAAGAGCCGCUUCCACUGCAGCGAGAGUUCGCCACAUUGCGGAAGACCUGGGAAGUGGAGUACAACAGAAUUGCCGAACGAUUUUCGGUCAUUGAUCGGGUGGCGACCGGCGCGAAGAAGACUGCUUGCAAGGUCCAACACUACGUCGAAGACGAAUGGAGUGUCCUUCCUAAGGCUGGCGCCAUCACAUUGGGCGGCAUGGCUGGUUUCGUACUUGGAAUGAGGCGGGGCGGUUUCGGCAGGGUGUUUGGGUCAGCCACUGGGCUCUCAACGAUGGCCGCUUUUUGCUACCCCCAUGAAACGGUCGACUUGAUUCGUGCUGGCCUCGCCUCGAUGCGUGCCGAAUGGGCCGAAUUCCAGAAAUCCCCUGCGCCAAUCGCCGAGAAAAAGCCUAACCUUUCCCCGCCGAAA